CAAAAGUCAAUUCAAUUGCACAUUUCAUACAUUGCGUCCCAUCCUAAUCUAUUCCACUCCGGCACCAACCAGGUGACCUAUCGAUUUCGCAAUGGCUCUCGUAUCCGCCGUAGAGUCCUUAGCAGUCAGAGCAGGCAGCCUGUACGAUGCGCAGUCCGUGCAUGCGGCCAGCUCUUCUGUGGCGAUGACGCCCGUGCGGACAUCGACAACUGCUCGCUCCUUGCCUCUAAGACGUCCAUCGUCAUCCGUGCACGCCUUGCAACGGCGGCUGCAACGACCCAGCCGCAGAAACAGCGCCGGUACAGGUCGCAAUGCCGCAACAAAACACUCCUCAUGGCGCUGCAUGGCUUCGGGAAACGACGGGGAAGGCUCUUCCUCCACAAGCAACGGAGCGGAGGGGAAGAGGGAUGGGACGAGCAGCGAGGAAAAGCAGCAGGAGCCCGCCUCUGAGUCCCCUCCGUCCGCCCCUUCCGCUCUUUCCGGCGCGUCCAUAGGAGGAGUCGAGCCGCUGCCAUCGGAGCCUCCACCGGAGUUCCCGUCGCCGGACCUGAAGCUGCCUCGAGCCGUGAUCGACUCGCUGCGGGACCGCGUGUUCGGCUUCGACACCUUCUUCGUCACGGACCUAGAGCCGUACGAGGGCGGAGUGUUGUUCCGCGGGAAUCUAAGGGGGGACUCGGAGCGCGCUUAUUCCAAGCUGACCGCCAGACUCAAGGAGGUGUUCGGCGACCAGUACGCGCUGUUCCUGCUCGAGUCCACGGACGAGGACGCCCGCCCCGUGGCCGUGGUGGUGCCCCGCUCCAGCCUCGAGCCCCUGCCCGCCCCUGUACCUGAGUGGUUAGCAGCAGGAGCGUUCGGGGCGGUGUCUCUGUUCACUGUGCUGCUCGCCUAUAGCCCUUCUCCGGAGUUCGGGUUCAUUCCAUCCACGGAGUACCUCACGGGUCCGCUGCUGGAGGGGCUGCCAGCGGCGGCGGUGUUCACGCUGCUCAUGGCGGUGCACGAGGCGGGCCACGCCAUCCCCGCCAAGCAGCUCGGCGUCUCCCUCUCCGUGCCCUACUUCGUGCCCUCCUGGCAGCUGGGCAGCUUUGGAGCAGUAACACGCAUCACAUCGACGGUGCAGAGCCGCAGCGACCUCGUGACGGUGGCAGCGCCGGGGCCACUGGCGGGCAUGGCGGCGUCCCUGGUGGUGCUUGCGCUGUCGCUGCUGCUGCUGCGCCCGGAGGAUGGCAUCCCCGUCAACGCCGCGGCGUUCCAUGACUCGGUGCUCGUGGGCGGGCUCGCCAAGCUGCUUCUGGGGCCGCAGCUGACCGAGGGGGCGUCGCUGACGCUGUCCCCGGUGACCCUGGCUGCGUGGUCGGCGCUGCUCGUGAACGCCAUCAACUGCAUCCCUGCGGGCGAGCUGGACGGGGGGAGAAUCGCCAUGGGGCUGUUUGGCAGGAAGUGGGCAUCGCGCUUGUCACUGGCAUCGCUCAUUCUGCUGGGCAUCACAGGCAUCUUCAACGACGUGGCGCUCUUCUGGGUGGUGCUCAUCCUCUUCCUGCAGCGCGGGCCUGUCACCCCGCAGGCCAAUGAAAUCACCCCGGCCUCCAACCAGGCAAAGAUCCUGGGCGCGGCAGCGCUUGUGCUCAGCGUGCUUGUGUAUGCCCCCCUGCCGGUGCCAUUCUGAGGGGGAUCAUAGGAGGUGUAGAGAGUGCUGCUGAUGAGAUUAUUGCACAUCUGGAAAUUGGAAAUGCUUUGUGAGUUGGAAGAGAGUAUACAUACAUGCAUCUAUUUCAAACCCCAAUAGAGUAGACCGGCAUAG